GGUGGUUGGUGGGUGUAGAGUAGGGGUGUCUCAGUGCUAAGGGCUCGGGCUGGAGCUGUGUAAAGUAAAGCAGCUGGUUUAUAUACACAGAUCUUCAGCUGCAAAUGUAGCGCAACGUUUCGGCACGGAGCAUGGCAGCGGCAGCGGCGUCGCGGGCUUUACUGUCCGGGUGCGCGCUUCAGCUGGCGUCGGAGGUUCUGUGCUCGGGCGCGCGCCUCCUCCCGCAGACCCGCGCGCUGCACCUGUGCGCGCCUCUGAGCGCGGGGCACAACAAGUGGUCCAAAGUGAAGGACAUCAAAAUCCCAAAGGAUGCGGCGCGCUCCCGCGUCAUCAUUAAAUACAUGAAUCUCAUCAGAGUGGCGGUGAAAGAGGGAGGACCUAAGCCAGAGUUUAACGUUGCAUUGGCGCAGCUUAUAGAGCAGUGCAGAAGCAAGAGUAUACCCAAAUCCACCAUCGACAAUGCAAUCAAAGGAGGGGAGAAGUCAAAAACUGCCGCACAGUUCCUGUAUGAGGCUCGAGGACCUGGUGGAUGCUUGCUGCUUAUUGAGGUUCUGACGGACAACAACACGCGGACUAACCAGGAGAUUAAACGCAUCCUGAUGAAAAACGGGGGAGUGCUGAGUGAUGUAGGUCAUCAUAAUUUCGAAAGAAAAGGCGUGGUGGUGGCUGAGAGAGGUAGCAUCUCCACUGAGCGCGCGCUGGAGCUGGCGAUCGAGUCGGGGGCUGAAGAUGUUCAGGAGACCGAGGACGAGGAAGCAAACCCUAUUCUACAGUUCAUCUGUGACACAAGCUCUACAAAGACAGUUCAGACAGCACUGAAAGAUCUUGGUGUGCACACGCUCUCCACUGGGAUCGAGUACAUCUCCAACCACACCACCCCUCUAGCACAGGCCCAGUUGGAGUCCACCGCUGCCCUGCUAGACACUCUCAAUGACUGCCCAGACGUGGUCAGAGUUUGGGACAACGUUGUGGCCCUGGAGUGAAAAGGCAGGAGGAAUAUAUUGAUGGUGUUGACCAAUCAGACUAAAGCUGAGCAGGAAAUGGACCACAGAUCACCAGAUGUGUUGAUGUGCUCGAGUUCUCCAGAUAUUCUGCAAGGUUGCAAGUAAAAGGCAGUGGCCUUUAGGUUGUGUGUGAAUUUGUGCAAAUAAAGUAAUAUGUAUAAUAAAAGAUGCCUUCAUGUCUUACGGUGA